AUGGUAAAACCCGCGCGAGACGAGUUGCCAACCAUGGAGCCAACCAAAACCAAUGCAGCCGCCAGCAGUACCAAGAACGAAGGAUCCGUGGUCAAGGAAAGGACUUUGAAGGUUGACGGAGAGACAGGAGAGCCAACAAUCAAGAGCUUUGGGUCAAAUGAUAGCGGUGCAGCCAGCACGAAUGAACACAUCAAGGAAUCUGCACAGGGCGAUGAAGAUGUCAAGCCAUCACCCAAAAAGGCGGAUGAAGGAACGGGGCAACGAAAAUCAAUCCAAUCCAACACACACCCUCUGACUUCGUCGCAGCCCUCAGAAGGCGCCAUCUUGACAGGGCAGGCACCGCUGAACCCUAGCUGCCACUACACCGAUGCUUCGCUUCUGGCUGAUCCUACCCCUGAUAAACGUCGAAAUCGUGGUGGUGUUUCGCAGGCGUUCCCUGAUAAACUUCACAAGCUUUUGGAUCAAGUGGAGGCUGACGGUCUUGGCCAUGUGAUCUCAUGGCAGCCACACGGACGAUGUUUCGUCGUCCACAAACCAAAGGUGUUUGUCGACUUGCUGCCCAAGUACUUUCAGCAGAGCAAGCUCACAUCGUUCCAACGACAGCUCAAUCUGUACGGAUUCCGUCGCAUAUCGCAAGGGGCGGACUCUGGAGGCUACUAUCACGAGUUAUUCUUACGUGGACGCUCAGGAUUGAGUGCCAAUAUGAAGCGUACCAAGAUUAAAGGAACUGUGAAGCAAAAGCGAGAUCCUUCUACAGAACCAGACUUCUACAAGUACCCACCACUCGGGAACUCCUCCAAUGCCGCUGAGGCCUCCACAAAUCCGCCUGUCGCCGCCGCAGGGACGGGUGUUGGGGCUGUUCAGUCACUGAAACCAUUGACUGGAGGAUCCCAAUCUACCGGGGUUGCACAAGUGUCACUACCAAUGCCGCCACUGCAGAGCAUGACGCGUAGUAUUCCAAUCCAGCAACUGUAUGGCGGCCUCUUGGGGGCAGCGCAACUCACCGCCUAUCCAGGGUUGCUUGCUUCACUCGCAGCAAAGCCUGAUCCUAGUGGCGGGCUGGGGCUUCAAUCGGGUGGAGCUCCAAGCGUAGCUCCAGCACCAGGAAACACGUCGGCCCAAGACAUGAGAACAACAUUGGCAGCUCUUUUGACUGCCCAAAUGGCAAGAGGUAGUGAGGAUGAAAGAAGUACGAGUAUCUAG